UUGUUAUUGUUAUAAAUAGCCACUAGACGCCCAAAUGAUUAUCCACACGCACCAUCAAAAACUACUUGUGCAUCCAUUGCUCACAAGCAUUUUCCAAUCUCUUUGUUCCAACGUCAUUUUUCUUGGGCAUCUGAACGCCACCUACAUAGCGUGCAUAGACAUUAUUCGGAGUGACAACCGGUAUGUUGGGAAAACUACGUCUGACAAAGUAUCCACGUUUGAUAGUUUCCUGAGAUUGUUUACAAAUUAUUACGAUGCGGCGAUGUGUUUCUCGUGAAUUAUAAGUAACAGAUGUGUAAAACAGUGCAACAUGCCCGGAGGUAGACGAAAUGCCGCCAGUCGUACUGGGGCGACUGGUAAAUCCGGCGGUACUUACUCCAGUUCUAUUAACUCUAGUGGAAGAAGUAAUAGCGGAGAAAGAACGAUUGGAAAUAACACGGAUGAUAAAAAGAUUGACGAGAUUUACAACGGAAGAUCUCUGGCGCCGAAGCAUGUUCCUGUACCCGUGGUACCAGUUGAUGGACAAUUGACCUUCGAAAUUAUGUCUUUGGCUAUUUCAGUUAUGACAACUUGUAUGCAACUAUUGAAUAUAUACAAAACCGUAUGGUGGUUACCACAUUCGUAUAAUUGUUAUGCUAUGAAUUUUUAUUUGAUAGAUCCUUACGUGCUUGUAUUUAUUUUCACAAUUGUGGCGCGUAGAGUAGUUUAUAUACUAUUAAGUCGAUCUAUUGAUGGUUUAUCACCAGUUCGAUGGUUGCCUACGAUCCAGAAAAUUAUGAGAAUGUUUCUCUCAGUCACUGUAAUGAGUAUAAUCUCCUGGUGUUUGUAUCAUUUGGCUGAAAAACAUGAUCUUUUAAAAAUGUUUUAUCUAUGUUAUCCAAGCUUGUCGAUAUAUUUUAGUAUGUUUGGAAUAAGUUUAACACCAUUCUUUGAUAUCUCCACAUCAUCCUCAAGUGGAAAAGAGGAACGAAGAACAAAGUAUUUAUUAGAUAAACCUCUGCACAAUUGCUCGUUGAAUGCAUCAGCCAUCAGAGCAGAAGUGUCUACUCUAAAAUUUGAUUUUAAUCGACGAAUAAAGCAGGCUUUGUUUGCGUCUUCUGGCACCGCGUUCAUCUGUGGUGCCGCCCCCAUGAUUUUUGCACCGCCGCAUUUAUACUUUAGCCGACCAUGGGUGAUACAGCAAGCGAUUUUGUUCUGGUUUGGAAGGAUGAGUGCAUACUUUGUUCACACUUGUCCUAUAAGAUACUACGAUGUGUUGCAUCGAGCGUCAUUACAUUUAGGGCGGUGGGUCAAGAUACCCAAUGAAAAUCGCAGUAAUCACGCAUACAACAUUCAACCAUGGAAUGACGCGGUGCUGUGGCCGCACGGGUCAAUCGUACGGCACAAUCGGGAGAUUUACCGCUCCGAAGGUUUAUGCACAGCGGCUGAACCGGGUAAUACGGAUCAUUCCAGAUUUCAUACCUUUUUCUACAAUCCGACAGUGUUGCUGUGCUCGGUAUUGGGAGCACACUUAUUAUUAGUAGGCGUUCAGUUACUUAUUCUAUUACGCACAACCGAAUGGUGUCAACUAUUGUCGAUAGCGUUGUUACUUUUUAUGAAUUAUUAUACUUUGUUCAAAAUCGCUAGGGAUUAUUUGAUAUGUUGGAAGGUGUACCGUACUGAACAGAUAAUACAAGAGAAAUCUCAGAUGGUUGUAAACCCAGUUGCUCAAUAAAAUUCAAGUGAUAUAUUGCUGCAA